AUGGGUUUUUAUGAGCUCCUUUGCAUUUCUCGAGCAAAUCUAAUGGAGGCAAAUUUAAAAAAUUUAGUUAAAAUUACGGCCAAAUGUGUAUUAGAACAGGGUGGUGUUGUUAGGGGCUUUGAGAAUUGGGGAACUAUGCCGUUAGCCACCAGAACACGAAGGCAUCAAGAAUAUCACACUGAUGGACAUUUUUGGUUGAUGCAUUUUGAUACUAACCCAGUGGUGUUGGCUGAAAUAAGGAAAAGAUUAAAUUCAGACCCUCGAGUAAUUCGUUGCAAUAUUGUAAAAUUCGGAAAUAAAUUGGAAGAUAUUGUAACAAGACCGGAUAAGACAUAA